GCUUAUAUCUCUCUCUCUCUCUCUCUCUCUCUAAAACGCCUCACUUUCUCUCUCCUCCACCACCCACUUAAAAGAAAGCCCUUUUCUUUGAUUUGUUUGUUUCUCGAGAAAAGCCAUGUCGAGGGAAGAUUUGGAGAGCAGGGGAGCGAAAAUCAGUGGUGGGAACAACAACGCCAGUUCUGUUUCUGCGUAUGUGAUUGAAGAGAGAGAUGCACAGUGGACAUCAUGGUUGAUCCCUAUGUUUGUUGUUGUCAACGUUGCUUUGUUCGUUGUCGCUAUGUACAUCAACGAUUGUCCUAAACACAAAUUGGGAACUGAUGGCAAGUGCGUCGCGAGGUUUCUCGGCCGGUUUUCUUUUCAACCCUUGAAUGAAAAUCCUCUCUUUGGUCCUUCUUCUUCAACGUUGGAGAAGUUGGGAGCUCUUGAGUGGACGAAAGUGGUGCACAAACACCAAGCAUGGAGGCUUAUCACUUGUAUCUGGGUACAUGCUGGUAUUAUUCAUCUGCUUGUGAACAUGUUGUGCCUGGUCUUUAUUGGAAUUCGCCUUGAACAACAGUUUGGCUUUGUUCGUAUUGGAAUCAUCUACCUGUUAUCAGGAUUCGGUGGGAGCAUACUUUCCGCUUUGUUCCUUCAAAAGAGCAUUUCCGUUGGUGCUUCUGGUGCUCUUUUUGGUCUUCUUGGAGCAAUGCUUUCAGAGCUUAUUACCAACUGGACUAUUUAUACCAACAAGGUUGCAGCGCUCUUAACAUUAAUUGUCAUUGUAGUUAUCAACCUAGGUAUUGGAAUUCUGCCGCAUGUUGAUAAUUUUGCCCAUAUUGGUGGAUUCGUCUCUGGUUUUUUCCUAGGCUUUAUUUUGUUGCUUCGUCCUCAGUAUGGAUGGGUAACGCGUCGGAAUCUUCCAGUUGAGGUCCGUGUCAAAUCCAAAUACAAGCCCUACCAGUACGUGUUAUGGUCGGUUUCUCUGAUUCUUCUUGUUGCUGGAUUUGCUGUAGGAUUGGUGAUGUUAUUCCGAGGAGUUAAUGCGAAUGAUCAUUGCCACUGGUGUCACUACCUGAGCUGUGUACCCACAAGUAAAUGGAAGUGUGACGGACCUUAGGAUGAUCUUCUCUCUUCUCUCUCAUUUGGAUUCACAAUGUCAUCUGAUUUCAUAAUUUGCUCCUCAUCUGUAAAUCAUUAGUUUUAGUUUAUAGUCUGGAUUGCUUUCAAUACUUGUUUUUUUUCUGGGUUUGGUUUUGUUUUGUUUUUUUUUUUAAAGUAUGGUAUUUACUUGCACACGGCACUGGGAUAUUCUUGUAUAUCAAAUAGAAAUUUAGUACCCAGUUUAUAACUUAUUUUCCGUUCUUGCUA